CUCUUCGAGACUACAAAAAGCUUGAUGCAAGAACAUUUCGGGCAGUUUAAUUAAGUUCCGUAGUGAAGUGCUAUAAACUGGAAAGUAAGGCGUUUAAUUGAUUGAUUUAAGUAGUUUAACAAUUGUUUAGGAACAAUAUGUAUGUUCAAAGUAUACUUUGCUUACUUCUAGUGUAUCUAAUAGAUGCAAGUCAUGGUCAAACUAUGGUUGUUCCUCCCCUCAUGACGACCCCUAUGCCUCAAUCAAUAAAUUGUAGUGACAGUAAAUUCGACAUUGUGUUUGUCCUCGAUUCAUCCGGUAGUGUAGGAGAAGACAACUUUAAAAUUAUCAAGACUUUUGUGAAGUCUGUUGUACAAAACUUGAACGUCGGACCUGACAAUGCGAAGGUUGGCGUGAUUACUUUUAGCCGAUAUCCGGUAAUCAGGUUACGACUCGAUGAUUAUACGGAUAAAGACGCUCUGCUGAAAGCGAUUGAUUCUGUGCCUUAUAUACCAGGUAUCACAGAGACUCACAGCGCCCUCUAUUUGCUCAAGGACGAAGGUUUUAAAGGGUCAAGGCCAAAUGUUCCAAAUAUAGGUGUAGUGAUAACAGAUGGUAAAUCCUUCCACACCAAUCUUACAGCAUCAUCUGCCAGCGAACUUAAAUCACAAGGUGUUGUCAUGUUCGGUAUUGGAGUCGGGGGUGAUGUCAACAUUCUGGAGCUUCAGUCUAUAGCAUCGCCGGUAUACAGUGAACACGUUUUUACAGUCUCGAGUUUCAGCUCCUUAUCUGGUAUUGUUUCCGCCCUCUCUUCGAAAACGUGUGAAGUGGCGCCAGUAGCGCCUGUUUCAACGCUAGCUCCUGUUACCACACCACAACCUUCAAUAAUCACCUCAACAACAAAUACCACUGAUGACUGUAAUCGUACUGUUGCCGACCUUGUUUUCGUGCUAGACUCUUCCGGAAGUUUAGGGGUAACAAACUUUAAAAGGGUGAAGCAGUUUGUCAUCAAUAUAGUCAACUAUCUAGACAUAGGAGUCAACUAUACUAAGGUUGGUGUAAUCACGUACAGUAACUACCCGACAAGACGUAUCAAUUUGGACGAUUACUACGACAAGCUGGCUCUUGUAAACGCUAUCAACCAAAUACCUUACUAUCCAGGAAAUACGGAGACUGACAAAGCUCUAGAUCUAUUGCGUCUUGAAGGAUUUGAAGGAGAGAGAAAAGAUGCCCCCGACAUUGCUAUAGUCGUGACUGAUGGCCUGUCCACAAAUCCUGACCUUACUGAAAUUGCUGCUGAUAGGCUCAAGAAAUCAGGAGCAACAGUUUUCUCUGUUGGUAUUGGUCAGGAUGUGAUUGACAGGAAUGAGUUGAAUUAUAUCUCUAGUGACCCCGACAGCAACUACGUAUUCUUUGUCGCCAAUUUCACUGAUCUGUCAAGCAUCGAGAAUAGCGUAGCAAAAACGACUUGCAAAGUGCCUCUUAUGACGACGACUGUAAAUACAGUACCACCAACACCUGUCAGCUCUACAUGGGCCACACCCUCUACGAUGAAACCCACACAAACAUUAGCACCAACUACUCUCACCCCCGAGAUUACAACGCCAACUUGCCUAGCCAAAGUUGCGGACGUCGUAUUCGUGGUUGACUCGUCUGGGAGUGUCGGUGAACCCAAUUUCAUAAAGAUAAAGGACUUUAUGAAACAGACCGUCAACGUGUUUGAUAUAGGAACAGAUUUUACUCGUAUCGGCGUUAUAACAUUUAGUAGUGAUGCUAGGCAAGAGUUUCCUCUCAACAGAUACAAUAAUAGCUAUGAUUUGUCUACUGCCAUUGAUAAUAUUGUCUACACACAAGGUGGAACAAACACAGGGGCAGCUUUAGAACUUCUUAGAUUGAAAGGAUUUGAUUAUGAACGUGUUAAUGAUCCGAACAUUGCUAUUGUAAUCACUGAUGGAUACUCCAGAGAUAAAACAGCAACUCGACAACAGGCAAUGUUGGCAAAGCAAAGUGGAAACAUCACAAUUAUAGCGAUUGGAGUGGGGAAUGGAACUGAUGUUAAUGAGUUGACAGCAAUUGCUACAUUGGACCAAAACAGCAAUCGAAGCUUGAUAUACGAAGUUGGUAGCUUUGAAGCUCUACAGACUCUGAAUACGGUUGUCGCUACAGUGGCGUGUGGAUUGGUUCCAAUACCCCCUCAAACACAGCCUACGUUACCUCCACCUACCACAGUAGAUCUUGGUAACUGUACUGAUCAAGUAGAAAACUGUGAAGAGUAUGGUGACGACAUAUGCUAUGAUUACAAACCAUGGGCAACGGCUCACUGUCAGGCCCAUUGUGGAUUCUGUAGAGGUCCAGCAACCACUCCACCAACAUGUUCAAACCGACUUAAUAACUGCCCAGAAUAUGGUACUUACAUAUGCACCUCCGUCUCUCUGACCAGCUGGACAAAACACAACUGUCCAAAAUACUGCGGAUUUUGUGGUGGUGGCCCAAUUCCAACGGAAGCAACUAAAACAACACAGGCUGCCAAGGCCACAGAAGGUAUGUAAAAAUCACGAGGCUUACCUCAUACCCUUUUACAUUUUACUUAUUUCUAAUGGUUAACAUAUGAAAAAUUAUAUGAGCCGCAUCACGACAA